AUGGCAUAUCUCAUGGCUCUGGUGAAAUGCAAAGGCGCCAAUUUCGAGACCCGAGAAAUCAAGGGCAAUCUUCGCGAUCAGAGUAAAGGUUUAUUGGAGAUCUUCGACGCCAAUGCCGUGGUGAAUGCCACCGGCCUCGGUGCUAAAGAUUUACUCGGUGACGAGGACGUUUACCCCGUCCGUGGCGCCAUACUGAGAGUUGACAACACCCGUAAUGGACAGUUCAACCACUUGGAUGACGCCUACCUAGUUCCCGCGCAGAGGGACAAUAAUGGGGCGCCCACCGGCGUCGUUUUCAUUGUUCCCCGGAAUGACGAUGUUCUCUAUGUCGGAUCAAUUAUCCAGCCACAUAAUGACCAGGUGAAUCUAGAGCCUGGUUCGCCCGAGGUUCGCGUUAUGUGGGAUCGGGCUGCAGAAUUCAUGCCCAGCCUUCGACAUGCCGAGUUUGUGCAUCACUACCCCUUUGCUCAGGGUUUGCGGCCUUUUACCAGGAAGAACGUCAAGGCAUUGGGCUUCGGGACUGCUCGCUGUGUAGUCUACAUCCUAAACGCGCUUCUCGAAGAGGACUAUGGUGAAGCGGACGAAAAAUGGAACCAAAAAGUGGAAAAGAUCAACGAGAAGAUAUAUGGAAAGGAAGAUUAG